AUGGAUAAGCUAACACGACUGGCUAGCGAGUCAACCAUACCGCAGCGAUGUGCGAGCAUCACUAGGAAUUUCUUGGCCCUUACUCGGCGUGGGGCAGUCCGAAUACUCAUCCUCGCCCUUGGGCUGAUAGGCGUGGUCGUCUUCAUUAGAAGGUCCGAAGGCUUGCCGUUCAACCUGACCGAAGAAUACCAGACCUGGUUCCUCGGCAACACACUAGACAAUGCGACAAUACAAGCUGUGGAAUAUUCGAAACCGAUUCAGGAGCCCUACAAGACCCAGUUUUGGGAGGUUGGCCUGCGAUUGAAACAGGUGAACCAGUGGCUGUCGGAAAUCGAACAGAAGCCUCGAAACAAAGACAAACUACAUGGCGCGGCAGAAAGAGUCAUCGUCAGCCUUUUCCCUUUCCUGCGUACCUAUUCACAGAGCAACCCAUUAGCAGCACUGCGGAAGUCUUUCAGGCCAGGGUCGCGUGGAAUCGUCAUUCCCGUAGGAGGAAGCGAGAAUGCGAUUCGGUACGCAGGGCAUCUGAUCACGUCUCUGAGAGUUGUAUUAGGCUGCACGCUUCCCAUCCAGAUUGCCUACGCGGGCGACGGCGACCUGAGCGAGAACGACAAGCAGAGAAUACUGCAGAUCGACGGCGCAACAGAUGUUACCUUUCUCGACGUCCUCUCCGUAUUCGACGAUUCUACAUUGAAGCUCGCCGAGGGGGGGUGGGCCAUUAAGGCUUUCGCCGCCUUGGGCUCCGACUUGGAACAGGUUAUUCUUCUAGACUCCGAUGCCGUAUUUCUGCAGAAGCCCGACGUGCUCUUCGAACAGCACCCGUACAUACAAUACGGAGCCUACCUCUUCCACGAUAGACUGCUAUGGCAGCACGCCUUUGCCGAUCGACAUGCGUGGUUCAAGGACCAGAUCAAAGAGCCGUCACCCGCCAUGGAAAAGUCAUUGGUUUGGACGGAAGACUAUGCUGAAGAGUGCGACUCGGGCGUAGUUGUCCUGGACAAGUCACGCCCAGACGUACUGAUGGGGCUUCUUCACAUUGCGUGGCAGAACACACACGCAGUCCGGGAAGAGAUCACAUACAAGAUCACCUACGGGGACAAGGAGUCUUGGUGGCUAGGUCUGGAGCUGGCCGGCUCGGAAUACGAGUUUGAAGCGCACUAUGGGGCUAUACUGGGCUGGCCAGGGGAGAGUAUAGGAAAACCUGCCCCUGGGCGGGUUUGCAGUUUUGUUAUUGCACACGUCGAUGGCGAUGACAAUCUGAUAUGGUAUAACGGCGGUUUGUUGAAGAACAAGCUAACCAAACCCGAUGAGUACGACGUGCCUCAGGUGUGGAUGAUAGACGGAACGUGGGAGAAGGGAGGAUCAAAGCAGGACAUGAGCUGUAUGUAUGGAAAAGAGGUGAAGCAGCUCACCGAAGACCAGAAACUGGUACUCGGUCGCAGUAUUGAGAGAGCCAAGGUCGUUGAUCGUCUUUUGGCUUCAAGCAAAGUAUCUCGAACAGACGGCUCAUCGCUGACAUAG